CUCUCUCUGCCUCAUAAAAUAUUCCAACUCCAAAAGCAUCAAUUUAAAACCUUCCAUUCUAUUGGACGACCUACCUACCUUCUUUCUCCCACCAAUCCAGAACUGAAAUUUCCUUUCGAAUCCUGAAACUUGUAUAUAUAAAUCUUACUAUUACUUGUCAAUUCCCCUACGUACCAAUUAUAACCCUUAGUUUCACCCCUCCAAACACUUCAGGAAAAAAAAAGAAAAAAGAAAAGGGGAUGGAUCUAAGGGAUAUUGGAUCAUCACUUCCACCGGGGUUUAGAUUCUAUCCAAGUGAUGAGGAGUUGGUUUGCCAUUAUCUGUACAAAAAGAUUGCAAAUGAAGAAGUUUUAAAGGGUACCCUUGUGGAAAUUGACUUGCAUAAGUGUGAGCCAUGGCAGCUUCCUGAGGUGGCAAAGCUGAAUUCAAGUGAGUGGUACUUCUUCAGCUUCCGGGACCGCAAGUACGCCACAGGCUUUCGAACCAAUCGGGCCACAGCAACUGGAUACUGGAAAGCCACGGGAAAGGACCGGACGGUGCACGAUCCGAGAACCUGUGCCCUCGUGGGGAUGAGGAAGACGCUGGUUUUCUACCGCAACCGAGCCCCCAAUGGCAUCAAGACCGGUUGGAUCAUGCAUGAGUUUCGCCUUGAGAACCCUCACACUCCUCCCAAGGAAGACUGGGUUCUAUGCAGAGUAUUUCAAAAAAGCAAGGGAGAAAGAAGCAAUAAUAGCAGCAGCAGCAACAAUGAGCUUAGCCCAGAGAACAUACUUGAAAAUUCGAAUUCCCCUCCGGACCAGACAUUUCCUUCUUCUGGGCAUUAUUACCAAAACAUCACUUCUUUCUCCCCAAUCCCAUCCCAUCAAUUCCAAAACCCUAGCACUUUAUACUCAUCACCCGCGUUGACGUACCCUAAUUUUCCCCAUUCAUAUGAUCAGCAGGAUAUAAACAACUUCCCCAUCACUGAAAUCAACGCGAAGUGCGAGGAUGAUUACCCGUUCUUAUUCGAGGGGAAUUUUCCCGGAAGUGGCUUGGCCGAUCCAAAUUUCGGGGAAAUGAGAUUUGAUGAGGAAAACAGUUUAGUUUACCUCUGAAAUUGACCAGGAAUGUAUGUAGAAAGGUCCAUUUGAUAUGUGGUAAAAAGGUUGUUAGGGUUUGGUUUUUUUUUUUUUUUUUUUUUGAGACGGCAAAAGAAAGGUACUUUUAUUAAUCUUUGAAAUAUAUUUACAAAGAUUAAAGGGAUCGGGGGACAUGACGACAUGACGACGAGAAAUAAGCAUCCCAACAAUGGACGAUGGUUAUUAGGGUUUGGUUAUAUUGCUAGUGUUGAUAAUUUUGGUAUAUUGUGCUGUAUUUGUAAAUAUAAGUUGCAGUUUUUUUUUUUUUUUAAUAAGUUGCAUUUACUUUACAUGGUAUAAUUUUCUCCUCCAUUUUUUUUUUUCCCCCUUUCCCCUAUCUAUAUUUUCUUGUAUCUUGUCCUGUAAAAUUGUUAAUAUAUAGGAUAUUAUUCUGAUAUGGGGAAACCAUCAUGUACGUAAGGAAACUUCCUGGACAAUUGUGUUGUUUGGAUUUUUGCCCACAAUUAUUUGUA